CACCGUUAUUCCAGUUCCGCCAUCUGGUCACGCUGCCGAGAAGAAAGAAAAUAGAAAUCAAAAUAAUGAAGUGAUUUCCAUACGAAAAACGCGAAAUAGAAAAACAAAUAGCAUUUUCUGGCGCUUGAGUGCCGCGGCUAACGGUAAAACGCUGUGCAAUCGCGUGAAAAACUCGCAAUUCGUCAGUUCGGUGGCAAAAGCAAACAAAGACACAGCAGCAGUGGCCGAGCAAAGGCAAGGAAGGAAAAGUCAAAGGCAAAGACAAACGCAAAAGCAAAAGCAGCGAGGGAUUUUUGGAGGCUGCUUUUUUGGGGCGACAUUAAGAGAUAAAAGACAACAGGGGCACCAUUGAGGCACCACUGGCGGAGCACAGGAACUGCGGCCCCAAGAUGAGCUGCAAGGUGCGGCUGAUGGAGGACGGCUCGCUGGACGAGGAGCCGCUGACCCUCAAGGAGAUCGCCUACCAGAAGCUGUGCAACAACCUAGACAUAAUCAGCAGCCAUCGCUUCGAUGGCAAGCGUGGCCUUAAUCCUGGCAUCGUGCUGCCCAACGAGAUCUGUGACGGCUUCCUGGAGAACUACCAGCGCUUCAAUCGCCCCCUGGACGACAGCGUCAUCCGCCUUUUCGAGGACACACAGCGCACAUCGCUCAAAAUCGUCAAUCUGCGCAACAGCACCCUGAGCAGCAUAGGGUUGGAGACCCUUAUGCGCCACAAGCUUUUCGCUCUGUCCAUGUGGUAUUGCGACAUGAUAACCGUGGGAUCUCACCACCUGCUGGCCCACUACGGCGACAGCCUGCGAUCCCUGGAGCUGGGCAUCAGUUCCCAUCUGCUGCAGUAUGCGGAGCCAAACGAAAAAGAUCCGGUGGACUUCCAAUUGACCUGUCCCCACCUGCGGCGCUUAGUGCUGAACGGUGUGGUGAUGCACCACCGGCUGCAGUUCGCCCACCUGCACGACCUGGGACACCUGGAUCUGACCUCAUGCGUCCUGGCCAACUUCAGCCUGGAGGCUUUGGGUUCGCUGCCCAAUCUGCACACGCUCAUCCUGUUCAAUGUGUGGCCAAUUGCCAAUCAGCUGCAUGCAAUCUGCUGUUUGAGGCGACUCUGCACAUUGGACAUUUCCAUCUCGAGCUCUGGGAAUGGCCAUGGCACCUACGAUCUGCCCGAUCAAACGCUGGAGAUGCUGAUGGACAACCUGCGGCACCUCACACACUUGGAUAUCUCGGGCACGAAUUUGGCGGGCAACGGGGUGGCCACCAAGGAGUCGACGAGUGCCAGUUCCACGCCCAGCACCAAAAUGGAUCAGAACUUUGCCCUCACCGACAUCCCGGGACUGGCGUCACGCACCCAGCGACCGCUGCAGUUCCUCGGACUCUAUCACACGGCCCACUGGGCAUGCAAAAGACACGAUAUCCCAGCUCUGGAAGUUGCUGGCGAUGCCAACGAGCAGCAGAUCCUCACCGCAGCUCGCUAUUAUCACGACAGACCAGUGCUACUGACAAGGGUACUCAACGAUCUGUACCAUCUCUUCCGCUUCGAGAACUGCAAGGACAUACACACAGCACUGGACGUUGUGCUCUCCGCCAUGGACCGGCAUCUCAAGUUCAAGCACAUGCAAAUCUCCGGCAGUGCCACACUGUUCUAUAUUGUAAAGGGCAGGGAUCGCUCCAAGUUUGGAACACUGCUGCGCAACCACAUCAUUCGCACGCUGCUUAAUGGCAUGGAGAUGCAUCUCACCGACGACACCAUGCUGCGGAAUGGUUACCUCACUCUCACCCAGUUUCACAUGCCAGUCGAUGUGCUCUUCGAGUACGUGCGUAUUAUUAAGAUCUUGCUGCACGGCGUUUCCAAGACGGAACAAGAGGGAUUUGUCCAGCGCAUAGCCAUCUAUCUGCUGAACACACUGGCUUGCCAAGUGGAUGGGCGACAGAAGCUCUUUCUGGGCGAGUUGGGCGUAGUUAGUACCAUGCUAACGCUGAUCAAGGAUCGCCUUACUCGCUCCGUCUUCGACGAUGUGAUGGAGGUGGCUUGGUCCACCAUGUGGAACGUAACCGAUGAGACUGCUAUUAAUUGUAAGAGAUUCCUCGAAGGCCGCGGCAUGGAGUAUUUCCUCAAGUGUUUACAUACCUUCCCGGAUCGGGACGAGCUGCUGCGGAACAUGAUGGGCCUCCUGGGCAACGUGGCCGAGGUCAAGUGGCUGCGGCCCAAGCUGAUGACCCAGGAAUUCAUCGAGGUGUUCGCCCGCCUGCUGGACUCCGUGAGUGAUGGCAUCGAGGUGGGUGGUGCUAGUGCGAAUUUGAUGGCGAGAUUGCGGGAGAGAGAGGUGGGCAGUGCUAACCAUGCUAACCUGCGCUUCCAGGUCAGCUACAAUGCGGCUGGAGUGCUGGCGCACAUUGCCUCGGACGGAGCCGAUGCCUGGACGAUCAAGACACCCAGCCGGGAGCACGUGCUGGAGCGCAUGGUGGCCGCCAUCCAGCGGUGGAACAUCAAGAGUGAGCGAAACAUCAACUACCGCAGCUUUGAGCCGAUCCUGAGUCUGGUGCGCUGCUACGAGACGCCCCAGUGCCAGCAUUGGGCUGUCUGGGCCCUGGCCAAUCUGACGCAGGUUUAUCCAGAAAAAUAUUGCCAGCUGGUGGAGCAGGAGAACGGCAUCCAGAUCCUCAACGAGCUGAUCGAGCACGAGAGUCCCUACUGCGAGAUCAAGCGAAUCGCUCGCCUGGUUAUAGAACAGUGCGACUCCGGAUCGGAUCGCAUGGUGGAGGGCUGAUGGCCAAGCGGAUAUGUAGGAUAGCACCUUACUUUUAGGAUUCGAGUUUAUUGUAAUGUUUUUUUCUGCUUCCUCUGUUCCCCGUUUUAAGGCAAGUGUGCAAGUGUUAUACUGUUCAAGAGAUUCUCCCUUGACUUUUAUGUUUACAGCAAAAGCAACAGAUAGAUGCAAGUUUAAGCUACGCGAGAAUUAAGCAACUAAAACCUAAUGAAGCAAAAUCAAGCAAAAAUAUUCGAUAAUUACAUAAUUAAUAGAUUAUAUAUGUAUAUGAUGUACCACAUGUUGUAAGCCAGCGAUCUUUUUAGGCCGUCAGAAGUGUAAAUAUUGUUAAAACCGGAAAGAGGAGGAUAAUAACUGAUAGAAAAAGCAAGACAGCUGGAGAUUAAAUAAAUCCUUAAGAAUUGAAUUCCCCUGGAUCGAUAGUUAUUUUCUCUAGCUAUAUAGAUAAACGUAUUGAAUUUAACUGUGCGAUCUGUUCCUAGAUUUGUGUUCAUUAUUCGAUGCCCACUCCCCAUUUUUUGUGCUUUCGCAUCAAACACCUUAAUCGCUCCAAGUUCUGGAGGAUCGUUUUGCAUAAUCUAGCUAUUUAAACUAGACCCAUAGAGACUAGACCGUAAGCACUGUAAAUAAUUGCAAGUAACAGUUUUUAAAAGUUCUGCGCUUGGCAUUAAAAAUAUUUUUAACAUUGUAUGUUAUCAUUAGUUACCUUAUAUUACGUAUACAUAUAAUUUGAUUCGUAAGCGUCA